AUGCCUCGCAAAGCAAAGAAAUCUGGCACCAAAAAGUCCAUGGAACAGAAACAGAGAAUGCAGGAAAAGAGGCAUCAGGCAAAGAAGAGCGUCAACUCUUUAAAAUGUCCAGAAGAGAACGUCAACUCUAUAAAAGGUCCAGAAGAGAGCGUCAACUCUAUAAAAGGUCCAGAAGAGAGCGUCAACUCUAUAAAGGGUCCAGAAGAGAGCGUCAACUCUAUAAAAGGUCCCAGAGAUAAGAGCGUCAACUCUAUAAAAGGUCCAAAAGAGAGCGUCAACUCUAUAAAAGGUCCCAAAGAUAAGAGCGUCAACUCUAUAAAAGGUCCAGAAGAGAGCGUCAACUCUAUAAAAGGUCAAAAAGAGAGCGUCAACUCUAUAAAAGGUCCCAGAGAUAAGAGCGUCAACUCUAUAAAAGGUCAAAAAGAGAGCGUCAACUCUAUAAAAGGUCCUAAAGAGAGUGUCAACUCUAUAAAAGGUCCCAGAGACAAGAGCGUCAACUCUAUAAAAGGUCCUAAAGAGAGCGUCAACUCUAUAAAAGGUCCAGAAGAGAGCGUCAACUCUAUAAAAGGUCCAGAAGAGAGCGUCAACUCUAUAAAAGGUCCCAGAGAUAAGAGCGUCAACUCUAUAAAAGGUCCAAAAGAGAGCGUCAACUCUAUAAAAGGUCCCAAAGAUAAGAAUGUCAACUCUAUAAAAGGUCCAGAAGAGAGCGUCAACUCUAUAAAAGAUAAGAAGUCGAACUGA